CUGCUAUGCUGACUCAUGUGCCCCCGGCAGCCAUCAGGGACUGGGAGCAUGGGCUCCCCAGGGGCCUUGGCAGGCUGGGGGCUUCUGGAUUACAAAACUGAGAAGUAUGUGAUGACCAGGAACUGGCGGGUGGGCGUUCUGCAGAGGCUGUUGCAGCUCGGGGUCAUGGUCUACGUGGUAGGGUGGGCCCUCCUUGCCAAGAAAGGCUACCAGGAGCGGGACCUGGACCCCCAGAUUUCCGUUAUCACCAAACUCAAAGGGGUUUCUGUGACCCAGAUCAAGGAGCUGGGGAAUCGGCUGUGGGACGUGGCUGACUUCGUGAAGCCAGCACAGGGAGAGAAUGUGUUCUUCUUGGUGACCAAUUUCCAUGUGACUCCAAAACAAGUUCAAGGCAGAUGCCCAGAGCAUCCCUCCAUCCCACUGGCUAACUGCUGGACCCACGAGGACUGUCCUGAAGGGGAGACGGGGACACACAGCCAUGGCAUAAAAACAGGCCAGUGCGUGGUGUUCAACGGGACGCACAGGACCUGUGAGAUCCGGGGCUGGUGCCCCGUGGAGAGUAGCACUGUGCCUGUGAAGCCUCUGCUGGUCCAGGCUGAGAACUUCACACUGUUCAUCAAAAAUACUGUCACCUUCAGCAAAUUUAACUUCUCCAAGUCCAAUGCCUUGGAGACCUGGGACAACACCUAUUUCAAGCACUGCCGCUAUGAUGCAUUCUCCAGUCCCUUCUGCCCAGUAUUCCGCAUUGGGGACCUUGUGGCUGCUGCUGGAGGGGCCUUUGAGGAUCUGGCAUUGCUGGGUGGUGCUGUAGGCAUCCGUGUCCUCUGGGAUUGCAACCUGGAUGCUGGGGGCUCUGACUGCCGGCCCCACUACUCCUUCCAGCUGCAGGAGCGGAGCUACAACUUCAGGACAGCCACUCACUGGUGGGAGGCCUCCGGUGUGGAGGCCCGAAGCCUCUUCAAGCUCUACGGGAUCCGCUUCGACAUUCUUGUCACUGGGCAGGCUGGGAAGUUUGGGCUCAUCCCCACGACCAUCACUCUGGGCACUGGAGCUGCUUGGCUGGGCAUGAUCACCUUCUUCUGUGACCUGCUGCUAUUGUAUGUGGAUGGAAAAGCCCAUUUCUACUGGCAAACCAAGAAAGAAUGGGUCAUUGGAGACAUCUGUAGUGGGUAUAACACAGUCUUGGGGACACCAGUGGGGGAGGGACAGAGUGGGCCUGUGGACUCUGAGAAGGACUGCAGCCUCACAGUCACAAGGCAAAGAUUCAGUGCCACAAAGAAUGACACUGUGGACAUGGUGACAGGCUACAUGGCUGGCUGA